GUGGUGCUGGGAAAAUUUUCUCUCUCUCCCUUUUCCUUUGUAUAUAAUUCCCUUUCAUUGCACUAGGAGCAUUCGCUGCCUUAUGUAUCUCACAUGACCUUUUAAAGGGAAUUAAGGUUGGCGGAUCUCCUCCGGCGGGCUUUAAACUAGGCUCGUCGGGGGGAGGGGAGUACGAGGGCAGGGGAAGCUGUGGACCACCAAACCAUGUGGCACCCACAAGGACAGCCCAGCCUGAAGAAGGAGAACAUUGGGAACCUGAAAGCCAUGGGGAGGCCAGCACUACAGAACAGUGCAGGCCUGAGAGACAACGGUUCUGAGUUCGAGUAGCAAGUUACCACCCGGGAGGGCAGUGGAGCUUUGUGAGCAGCUGCAAUCUGCCCAGGGAGCCUGGGAUGAGGAGCCAAGCCAGGAGGUAGUGCAUGGGAGUUGACAGCUUCUUCAGCCUGUCAGCAAGGAGGAGUUCUCCAACUGCGAAAGGACACAGGUAAGAGCAUAAAUCAUUUCCCAUAUUCUGCCUCCCGCUCUGAGGCUCUGGAGGUCUUCUUGUGGUAGCCGAUGGACACCAAAUACUUCAUUGUGAUCUUCCCAAACCAGGAAUGCUAAGAAGUAGAUACUGCUUGUGUUUUGUGUUUCCCAUUGAGUGGCCAUUCACUGAUUGCUGAAAAACAGCAGGGAGAAGGAGGGAGUCCAGGGAAGGAUUUGCACAAGGAAGUUGCCGAAUACCUGAAGCAGCAGAUUCAGGAAAACGUAUGUCUCAGCCGAUGCCGGGAACUUCAAGAGCGGUAGACUUCCACUCCCUCCUCAUACACUCAGCACAGCAAAUGGUUACCCGCGAGACUCUGUGCGUUUCAGCCUGUGCCUGCAAUUCAGGCAUCUGUGCAAACAGGUGAUGCACGAGUUGAGCUUCAGCCUUUAAAAGUGGUAAGCAUCCAAAAGGAGGUGAUUGCAUCCUUGCAGAGAGAGAUGGGGCUCUGAAGGACUUACAGGCAGUGGCAGUUUGGGAUUUAUCCACAGGGCUUUUGUCAAUACGCAGUUUUUCUUCUCCCAGGGAGUUAAAUGGGAACAAAUAAGGGUCUGCCUGGUGUUAGUGCUAGGGAGCCUUUAGUGUUCCAUGUGGGCACUGAUUGCUGAGGAGUAGGGAGGUGGAAAUGCCUAGAGACUUCGGUUACCAUCCUAAUCAUCUACCAGCGUAUUCAUCACCUACAUUAACUCUUGAUUGCUGGGAGCAACAAGUGGGCCCUAAAGAGAAAGGAGGCUUCUGCUUUGUGAUAGCGUUGCCCUGCUGAAAGUCAUUGCAGCAAACCUGGGCGGGUGGGGGGAAUUACUUGAAUGUCUUCCCCACCGUAAGAAUCUGUGCAUUUGCAAUGAGGGCUGAACUGGCAAUUCCAAGCACACGGGCAGCACCACGAUGACCAGGAAAGUUACCCAGCACCAGUGAGAUCACUCCUGGGUUAUGUAUAGCUGCACGGGGUUCUCCUUACCUGGCCUGCAUCAGGGUCACAUAGGUUGGUCCCAGGCUGUCUGGAGUGUGAAUGAUAGGCUUCCUAGGGGUGACUGGCUGGUCAUGAGCAAUAUGAGGCAGGGUGGGCUGAGCCCUGGUGCCUGGGGGGCUAGCAGGCUGCAGGGGAGUAGGUGGCUGCUUGCAAAGGGCUGUAGCUUGCUACCAUCAUCCAUGGGAGCUGACACCAGAGAUGCCUCUCUCUCUCUGAGAGACAAAGCUGCCUUUGCCACCAGGCUGACGCUUCCUCCGGGCUCUGCCUUGGGAUACAGCUGAUCCCUGAGGGUCUGGAGAUGGCUGUGGAGGAGGGAGAAGGUAGAGCGCAUAGGACAGGUAUCUCUGCAGGGAAUCUGACAGCACUCAGGCCUGCCUGAAAUGCAGUCCCAGGUCACACAGGAAACCCCACUUUCUUCAUCUCAAGCUGCUACUGCCACCUCUCAGCCACCGGUGCUCUGCUAGUGCUUUUUCUUCGAUGCUCCCACUGUAUCUGUGCAGCUCGGCUCCCAGCUGAAGGAAUAUUUGACUUAAAGAUGGGAGGUGCCUGGUCCAUCCCACCCAACUUCUAUCCCAGGGAGAUGGCUGUUCCUCUCUGACUGCUUACAUUGCCCCUGACUUUAAGCCCUGUGGAAAGGAGGGCUGGACUUGAUGAUCUGUAAGGUCCCUUCCAGCCCCUAAAAAACUAUGACACUGUGAAACUAUGAAAAUGCCACCCCAGAACACCCCUUCCUCUGUCCACUGGCCUGCUCAUCUGUCUGUCUAGGUUGCAGGUUCUUUGGGCCAGGGACUUUCAUUAUGAGUGUGAACAGCUCCUAGCACACAGGUCUGUACUUGCUGCUUGUGCUCUGUUGGUGCUACCAAUAGUUGCUCCUUACUGAUUCAUUCUCCACUUGCUUAUGGUAGUUUUAAGAGGCAGGCAGGGGACUCGGCUUCCUCCAGCCCUGCUUUGCCCCAGCUCAUCAGCCGGUGUCUUUCUCUUGUCCUGCUGCCCCUGGUUCUCCCUGCUCGUUGGAGGUAAAUUAUUAGGCAUGCUCCCUCCUGUGUGGAGGGAACAGCUUUGCAGGUGAAUGAAAGUGCUGGGAGCCAGCUGGCCUGAAACUACCCCUUAGGGCAGGGAGAUGCCUCUGAAAGCACAGGGGCCAGUCCUCAGCUGGUGUGAAUGGCCAGCCUCAGUAGAGCUGUGGUAGUUCACAGGCAAGGAUCUUCCCCGUCACAGCACCUGCUCAUUAAUAGCAUAAUUAUUCCCUGGUAGAGCUGUGCCUUCCUGCUCAUAGCAUCCAUUGUGCUCACACUCAUUAAGUACGUAUGCUAAUUACACCAAUGCAAUAACGGAAUGCCACUUACUCAGUUGGCAUUUCUGGGGUAGGAUUUUUCUCCUCCUCGUCUCACCUCACUUUAAUGAGCUGUCUCCAGGUUAGUCAGUUGUUUAUUUUGUUUGAUACAUUCCCAGCCCGGUGCGUGUAUCCCCCGGCAAAUUCUUUUUUACCAACGUUUUCUCUCUCCCCCCACUUCAUUUUUUCUGUCCUCCCCUCUUCUCACAUAUCUGUCUAUCCCCUGCUCCAGGGUUUAUCUCUGUGUAUCUAACUUCUCUUCCUCCAGCACAUCUCUGUUUCUGUCUGUCUAUCACCAAGCAAAUCUCCCCUCCAUCCAGGCAAAUGCACACCCUUGGUUUUGCAUCUUGCUGUGCACAUAGGGCAUACAUGUAGCCUUGGUAUCAAGUUGCUAACCUGAAACUUCCCUGCUGCUGAAACUCUGCCAUUCUCUUAGCUCCCUUGUGGUCUCUCAUAGCUCCUGCCAUGGAUUUUCCCAGGGUAGAAAUGGAAGGUGGCACGAACAAGACAAUCUUGUCCUUAAUGAGCCAUAAAAGGAACUUGACAUAUUCACGCUACUACCAGCACUCCCCUGCAGUGGCUGCCAUCUAUAUCAUUGCCUACGUGUUCAUCUUCACCCUGUGCAUGGUUGGGAAUGGCUUGGUGUGCUUCAUCGUGCUGAAGAACAGCCGGAUGAGGACCGUCACCAACCUCUUCAUCCUCAAUCUGGCUGUCAGCGACCUGCUGGUGGGGAUUUUUUGCGUGCCCACUACCCUGGUGGACAAUCUGAUUACAGGUUGGCCCUUCAGCAAUGGGGUCUGCAAGAUGAGUGGGCUUGUACAGGGCACGUCUGUCUCCUCCUCUGUGUUCACGCUGGUGGCGGUUGCGGUGGACAGGUUCCGCUGCAUCAUCUACCCCUUCAAGUCCAAGCUCAGCCUGCUCACAGCCCUGAACACCAUUGCCAUCAUCUGGGUCCUAGCCAUCACCAUCAUGUGCCCAUCUGCUGUCAUGCUCAUGGUGGCACAGGUGGAGGAUCACUACAUUGUCUAUGGCCACAACCAGAGCCUGGCCUCCCCUCUGUACUCCUGCUAUGAGGCCUGGCCCAACAGUGAGAUGAAGAAGGUCUACACAACUGUCCUCUUUGCCCACAUCUAUGUGGCCCCCUUGACCCUGAUCAUGGUCAUGUACGGCUGGAUCGGGAUCAAGCUCUACAAGUCAUCAGUCCUGGUGAGUCGGCACCGGGUGGAGACCCAGGAGCGCAGCGGUGCUGCCGUCUCCCGACGCAAGGUCAAGGUCAUCAAGAUGCUCAUCCUAGUGGCCCUGCUCUUUAUGUUGUCUUGGCUGCCCCUGUGGACACUGAUGCUGCUCACAGACUAUACCCAGCUGGAUGAUGCCCAGCUCCAGCUGCUGACAGGCUACAUCUUCCCGUUCGCACACUGGCUGGCCUUCUCCAACAGCAGCGUCAACCCCAUCAUCUAUGGCUACUUCAACAAGAACUUCAAGCGGGGUUUCCAGGCUGCUUUCAAGUUCCAGCCCUGCUCCCACAAGAUGGGGCCUCAUGAGGCCUAUUCUGAGAGGCUGACUGCCAGCACCACUGGCUUCGGGACCCGCAACAAGGUCUUCACCAACGGCGAGUCCUCCGACUUCCUCUGCCUCAAGACCCUGCCUGCCAAGGGGCUGUGCCCAGCACAGAAUGGACAGGCCCAGACACCGGGCCUUCCCCUGGAGAAUAUCAGCAAAAUCACCCCCCUGAGCAAAGUCUGCAAAGCCUGGGAUGCGUGAAGCUUGUGGCUGGAUGGGAAUGACUUCAUGUCAGGAGUGUUUUUGUCUCUUUCCACCGGCAAAUGCUGGGUGUGUUUGCUGCUGUGAUGUGUUUGCUGUGGGCAGUGUCUCCCUACCAGAGCUGGGUCUCUCGUAUGCCACAUCCCAUUUGUAAAUGCAAGGCAAACCACAUGGGCGUUUGUUGUUCGUUAUUCCAACUAAUGCACACGAGGCUUUGUCAGCCGCUUCCAGUGUCUAGCAGAGACCAACUGAGCAUGCUGUAUCAAAUGUCUGUGUCAUUAAAGCUAUUGUUCCACACGCCA